UUAAAACAUAUAUAAGUAAUUUUCAUGUAGAGUUCAAGAGGCAUGUUAAAAAAAAAGAAAAUAUGUUCAACAAAGAGUAGGCCUAUUUGGGGAAACUGCAUAUAUUGUUGGGUUUGAAUCGGAUGAUGUGCAGAGGCAAAUGUUAGAUAGGAUUAGUUUCUUUAAAGCUCAUAAUUGUGGGAGACAAGAAGUUGGACUAAACUGUUACAUGUUACACGUUGUACAGUAGAUGGCAGCAAAUAGCAAUAAAUAAAAUCAACACAGUCCACAAGCGCAAUCUCUAAUGAAAGACUGAAGUUUGGUACAAUAUCAACAAAACACCUGAACACAUGAAACUCCACAAAACAAAUAACGUUUAGAAAAUGUGGAACGUAAAAACUAACAAAGCACAAGGCUUAUCAAUUCAGAUGAAUAAGAAGAUUAUUUUGAAAAACCGUGUAAACAGAUCACAGAUACAAACUUUGAUUAUCACGUUCAAAUCACAUUAAACAAACUACAGAUUCGUGAAGCCUGUUUAAGGAUUAACAGGAUCUAAUUUACAUUCAGUCAAGAAGGACUGCCAGAAAAAGUAAAACCUCAGAAGCCGAGAACGUUUCAGAAUCGGCACACCGAAGCCAAAGGAGUCAACUGGGGCUCAUCUAUUCCUAACAAUCUACACAACCUCUGUAUUUAACUGUAACCAGCCAUGUUAUAAACUUAAAACUAUGAAACCAUAAACUUUAAAUAAACUAUCAACUUAAAAUAACACAGACAAAGCGUUUUCUACUGGACCAUCGAAUCACGUUUAGAGCCUUUAAAGGCGCAGUUCUUGAAAAUCAGCGGCCACUAGCGUUGUAUUAUAGUUUUGCAACGAAUCUCCCUUUCGAAGUACGACGGUGGCAGCAACAGUAAAAAAAGAUGUCGUCUACUGAGAGAGCGGAUAGCAGUGAUACAAGCAACGAUGUUUCUUUACAAAGGUGUGUUUGGUGUUGAUACAGCUGAAGUGAAGUCAGUGAUGGAGGGAGAUUCUGUCACUCUACACACUCAUCUCACUCACAUACAGAGAGAUGAUCAGAUACUGUGGAUGUUUGGACCUCAAGGGACUCGUAUUGCUGAGAUCUAUUAUCAGAAACCCAACACGUAUGAUAAAACUGGAAGAUAUGGAGGGAGACUGAGGAUCAACAGUCAGACUGGAUCUCUCACCAUCACAAACAUCACGAGCACAGACUCUGGACUUCAUGAACUUCAGAUCAUCAACAGCAGAGCAACUUUGUACAAGAGAUUCAAUAUUUCUGUCUAUGACCGUCUGACCAUUCCCAUCACAAACCAAACUCAACAUCUCAACACCACUCAUGUCUUUAAGACAUAUCCAGAUGAGAACCGGUUACACGUCUGUGCCAUCGCAGCAGCAGCGGUGUUGGUGGUUUACAUCGUGAUUGUUGUUGCAGUCAAACACAGUCAAUCAGGGCAAGAAUAGACCCAACAGGGAUGAGGUUUUACCACUAUAGCAGCCUGAAGAGUGCCCUCUAUAAUGUUUACGACAUUUUUUUUAAUGCAGUCAUUGUUUGUAGUACAGUGUAUUAAAUGUGAUUCCUGCCUUCAUGAAGACAGAUGUCUGAUGUCUCUGACGAUGCUCAGCUCAGCUCUUUUGGAUCUGAUGCCAUAAACCAAUCAGAUCACAUUUUCAACGGAACGGAACUGAACAGAGGAUUAAAAAGACAUCAGUUUGCGAACUUCAACAAGAUGCUGAUAACUUCCCUAGUUUACACUGGGUUUCGCAAAGAUUUCCUAAUUACAAUGGAUCUUAGCUUUGUUAUAGGCUACUUUAUGAAUGCUCAUUACGUUUGACAUAUGUUACCCAAAAUGGCACUUUUGCAAAUUGCUGGGCUUUAGGUGUUACUUACUUAGUCACUCCACAGUCAAACUGUGUACCCCUUCAUGACAGUGUUGUUCCCGGUUGGCAGUGGCCUAUUUCAGCAGAAUAACGCACGCGUACGCUGCACACGUUGCUCAGGAAUGGUGGAGGAACAUGAUGAAGAGAUCAGGGUGUUACCCUCGCUUCCAAAGUGCCCAGAUCUCAAUCCAUGGCAGCUCCUCCUCACAAUCUCAGGACUUGAAGGAACUGCUGCUAAUGUCUUGUUGUCUGUAGUCAUUUACAUGCUAUCAAAUGUCAUUUGUGCGUGUGAGUGUGUAUAUAUACAAUAUAUUUUCAAUAAAUAAAUUGCUCAUG